AUGGACACUGCUUACCACAGCGCCUUCACCCGCCGCCCCCUCGCCCACCCCUCCCCGGCCACAGCCAUGCCCUCCGACUCCCGCGCCGCCCACCACCCCCACCACCCCCAUCCCUACGCCCACCCCGCCCAUCCCUCCUACCAGUCCCCCGUCCCGUCCUACCACGCCCACCACCCCCCCGCCCGCCACGUCUCGAACGGCCAUCCGUCCCAGGUGGUCGUCCCAGGCCCCCCUCCGCCCAGCUCGGUACCCACCAACGGACCCCCGCCGGCAGAGCCACCAGUGACGGCCGUGGUCACCCCCAGCACUGCGAGCGCCCGCGUGGCCAGGAGUCUCCCGCCCAUGAGCGCCGAAGCGAGAGCAGCGAGGGAAAGGAUGGACAGUAUUCUGGCCCAGCUCGCAAACGGCGCCGUUGCCGAGGGCAUGAAUGAUCAGGACAGAGCAGAGUCGGCCUUUCAUAAUGCCCUGCGCCACAACCCCUCCUCCAUCCUCGGCUUGAAUGCGGUAGCCUCCGUCGCCAGGUCCCGAGACGAAUUCGACAAGGCCAUCGAGUACUUUCAGCGCAUCCUCAACGCAAACCCCGAGAAUGGCGAGAUCUGGGGCUCUAUGGGCCACUGUCUUUUGAUGAAGGACGAUCUCCCCAAGGCAUAUACUGCCUACCAGCAGGCCCUCUACCACCUCAGCAACCCCAAGGCAAGUAUUCCAUCUGAGCCUAAAUUAUGGUACGGCAUCGGAAUAUUGUACGACCGGUAUGGGUCCUUUGAGCACGCAGAGGAGGCCUUCUCGAGUGUGUUGAAGGCGGAUCCCCGGUUCGACAAGGCCAACGAGAUUUACUUUCGAUUGGGCAUCAUCUACAAGCAUCAGCGCAAAUUCAAGGAUUCGCUUGACUGCUUCCGAUACAUUCUCAACAAUCCCCCACGCCCCCUUACCUCUUGGGACAUUUGGUUCCAACUUGGUCACGUCUAUGAGCAGGACCGUGAUUUCGAGUCGGCCAAAGACGCCUACAUGCGUGUUCUUCGCCAUCAGCCAGACCAUGCCAAGGUUCUCCAGCAGCUUGGAUGGAUUUACCACCAGCCGGGUGCGUCGUUUACGGAUCAGGAUCAGGCAGUGUCGUUCUUGACCAAGAGUCUGGAAACGGAUCCCAACGACGCUCAAAGCUGGUACUUGCUUGGACGAGCGUAUAUGGCGGCUGCACGAUACAACAAGGCCUAUGAAGCUUACCAACAAGCCGUCUAUCGCGAUGGGCGCAACCCUACCUACUGGUGCUCUAUCGGUGUGCUCUACUAUCAAAUUCAGCAAUACCGUGACGCCCUCGAUGCCUACUCUCGCGCCAUCCGUCUCAACGCCUACAUGGCUGAAGUCUGGUACAAUCUCGGCUCUCUCUACGAGUCUUGCAACAACCAGAUGAACGACGCACUUGACGCCUACUCGAGAGCCUACGAGCUGGACCCCGCGAAUACGCCAGUCAAGGAAAGGAUCAGGUUGUUGCAAAACCCCAAUGCUGGACCCCUGCCGCCCCCACCCACCCCAGUCGACGUUCAUCCCUCGCAGUAUCCCAGUAUGGGCAGCGAAGGCCCAGGUUCGCCGAACGGCUCUCCUCCCCGCUUCAUGCACCUUGAGGGCAUGUCUUCCAGAGACGGCGGGCGAGACCUCCCUCCUCCCCCUCCAGGCGCUGAAGCCCGGGCUCACUCACCAGGUCCAUUCCGAAACGGCGCCGCGCCUCCUCCUCUUCAGCAUGUCGAUGAAAGCCGUGGAAGUAUGGCUGGGAUCGCACCGUUGGCUAGGAUGGAGGUGGAUCCUCGUGCGGAGGCUAGAGAAGAGAGGCCGAAUGGUUCUGCUGGCGGGCGAUAUGAUCCUUUGGGUAGACAACCGGAAUCACCCAUCUCCCCUCGCGCUGCGUCGUCUCGUCGAGAUGUACCUCCCCCCUUCCCCCCCGCGAGAGGAUUCAACUAUCCUCCGGGAUACGACCGCUCGCGAGAAGAAUGGGAACAACGGGCCGACUCGAGGGGUCCUCCAGGACCCUCGCCGAGGAUGGCUGACAGGGCGCCAGACGGGAGAGAGAGGAUGCACCAAGAGUAUGCUGGGUAUCAGCAGGGAUACUAUGACGCUAGAGGGUAUCCCCAGGCGCCGCCGUCGGCUGGCGGGAGGUAUGACCCUAGGCGAGAAGCGGAUGAGUUGCAAGCGAGGGAAGACGAGUUGCAGCAGCCUCCAGCCCGGGCAAACGGCAGGCGCACUUCUAUCGCCAAAGAAGACCUCACCCGAGGAACUAGUCCGGUGCCGUCGGCCACGGGAGGUGCGAAAGGCAGGAAGCGUGGAGAAGGGAAAAAGACGAAAGAGAAGGAGGACAAGCCGGCGAGCACCAAGGGCAGGAAGGGCAAGGCUGCGAACCUCAAGGCUGGUGAAGAGGCCAAUGGGCAGUCGCCGAGGACGACGGUGCACACGAGCAGUCCUACUAUCAGUGUGGGUACUACGCCGGGGUCGAAUGCCCCCAAGGCGAUGCCCCCAGUACAGGCGCCGCCUCAGCCUUUGCUCAGCUCGAUGGCCAGGACAGUGGAUGAGGAUUACGAUGAAGGUGCUGCUGAUGCGCUCAUAUCUCUUGCUGGCGGAAGUACUACCAACCUCCCCUUCCCCACGCGGCACAUUAGCCCCAGCCCAUCUUUCGCUGCCCGGCAUCAGCCUUUUCCCCAGCACCCUCCUUCGUUGAGCGCCAGUAACAAACGUGCAUUCGACUCUCAGCCCUUCUCGCCAGACCAGAGCAACAAGCGUGCCAAGGGCGACAAGGUCCAGUCUCAUUCUCCCCCUGCUUCAGCGACAGGGUCUAUCGGCAGUCGGUCCGGUGCAACAUCAGUACCUCCCGCGAAAAAGAUGGUGAUCGAAGUGCUCAACGCACCGAGUGUUGCCAGCCCUCUUCCUCGAGCAGCGUCGGCUGUGGACGAGAAGGAGUCUGCUAGAACGGCCCCGCCCUCGCGUCCUUCUUCUGGGGGUGCACAACAGGAGAGAGGGAAGGAAGAGGUACAGGGAACCGAGGACAAGAUGGAUGUAGAUGCCCCAGCGCCUGUGGCGGAGGUCACUCCAGCGCCGUCAGCGCCCCAGUCUGCCUCGCCCCCUGCCCCGACCUCUGCACCCAGCGCGCAAGGACCUUCGCCUGCUGCCCGUGCUUCCCCCACCCCUCCCGCAGCGCAGCCUAGUCCCAAACCUCCCACUCCUGCGGCGUCCGAGCCAGAGAAGGAAAAGUCCUGGCCAUCUACACCGCCUGUGCCUCAGCCGAAUGGUGCUCCCGUGGAAGAGGUCAAGGAGAAGACUGCUACGCCCCCUUCGGCAGCUCCUGAAAAGGGAGUCCAGAAGGAAGACGUGGUGAUGGGCGAGUCGGAGGCUUACAAGGGGGGAGAUGGCGAAGUCAAGGAGUGA